AUGGAGAGCCAGGGGGUAUCGAGUAACGAACGACACGGCAGCGCAGCAGCGGGAGGGGGAAAAAAGAAAACGGGGGGGAAUCCACAGAUGGGCAGCCUCCUUGGAAGAGCCACGAGCGAAGUCGGGAGAACCGGGAGCUUGGAAGAGUCAACCUGGAAGAAUCAAGAAAGGAUUGGACGGCGACAGGAGGGGAUUGAGAUUGGGAUUGGGCCUGCAGGCGUGUCAGUCAACUUGGUCAAGUGCUCCUGUGGUUAUGUCGUUUCAUCGAGGGGCCAAGGACGCUGA